AUGAGCAUCGCCAAUAACUACGAAAACAAACGUAAUUCAUUGCCAGAGGAAUGGGCGCCAGCAAGCCCACCGCAAGUACAAUUAGAACCAUGGGGUAAAAAGAACCGCCCAACAACGCCUCAUAUUUACUAUGCAAUGACGCCAGCGCCUCAAACAGUGGUUGUACGAGACACGCCUUCGAGAACCAAAGACGCUUGUUGCUGGGGAUGCCGCAAUGUGCCUUUGUUGUGGCAUUAA